UUGCAUCAUAAUUCGACGCCAUUUUGUGUUAUUCAAUAAAUUACAUAAGUUGUAUACUGUUUUAUAAAAUUUGAAGCUCAAGAUUCCUUAAAAAUGCCUCGUGGUGGAAGACGAUCUAGUGGUCGAUCAUCUCCUAUGUUUGGCAAGCCAUCAGCGCCGCCUCGAGCACCUCCGCGGCCAGUUUCUAGUGUCCCAGCCACUAGACCUGCUUCCAGCGUGGCUCAACCGGUUUCACCACAACAGCCUGGACUGUUUGGACAAAUGGCAUCUACUGCUGCUGGUGUUGCGAUUGGAUCUACUGUGGGUCAUGCUGUCAGUGGUGCCCUGUUUGGUGGCCAUGGUGGUGGAUCAGAGCAACCAGCUGGGUAUCAACAAGAGAUGUCUGCAGCGCCAUACCAGAGUUAUUCUAACCCACAACAGCAGGGUUUGGGGGGUCCUUGUCAGUAUGAAUUGCAGCAAUUUGUGGAGUGCGCACAGAACCAGGGAGACAUAACACUGUGCCAGGGAUUUAAUGAAGUGCUUAGGGAAUGCAAACUGAGAAAUGGUCUUUCCUGAGAACAAAAUCAUUGCUGUGGAUUCUUGUGCAGCUGCCCAGAUGUUAAGACAAGCAAGAUUCAAUGCUUUGAUCACUGGCUUUUUUAAAUAACACAGCUUUUUCGGUGAUAACAGGUGCUUGGAUACUUGUAAAUGGUGUUUGCACUUGGCUAUUUGCUUGAACUAAGGAAUCCUUGUUGUUACAUGAAAGAAUCACAAUUUAAUUGCAGAAUUUGAAAUAAAAGGUGUUUGCACAUUA